AGCAUGACGGCCAGUCCAGCCAGAAAUACUCCGUGGAACAAGGGCGGUACCAGGAAGACACCUGAAAAACCUUCUAAGUACGUCAGAGCGACAGAGGAAGACUUCCGUUUGCUGGCCGACAAAGACCGGAAGGGCAACAUCCAACAUGACAAGAAGAGAAUCAUUGCGGAGGCUAGGAGACCCUGCCUGCUGCGGCCUCAGAAGUCAGCCACCAGUGAAAUGGCCCAGUACCUGGUAGGUGGGACAGGGGAGGAUGCUGAUGAUGUUGCAGGGUACAGAAUCUGGAAGGUGACAGCAGGCGUUGAAGGGAUCGCCAAGGCUCAACAGGAGCACGACACGAAGCAUCCCACCUGUCGGAGGCGAGUGAGGGCUUCAGCCAAAGGGGAGUUGCAGGUGGGACUAGCAACUUCUGAGACGCUGGUGUGUGACUACUGUGGGUACACCUCAUCGCGCAUGAAAUUCUACGACGAGAUCGAGAGAGAAGGGCGAGGGGGCAGGACUCCGGUCAUAAACAUGGCAGCACAGUGCCGCCCUCAAAGGGAUCAGGCUGAGGAAGGAAAGCCUGCUGCGUGUCCAGGUCCUCUGGAGGCACGUGACGGGACUAGACGCCAGGGUCGAUGUGCUCAUGUGAUGUCCAGCUGCAGCAGGAUGGGGCCGUUAGUAACAAUGUCAAACAGGCCGGCCAACCCCACCCCUCCGCCAAGGUCGCCGCCGGUGUACCCGAACCACUACAGUUCGCCUCCGCCACCACAGUGGCUCCAAGAAUGGCCCUCCACCCUAGAGGCGUACGGCGGCCCACCGAGAAACAACGGACGCCCCCAUUGGCUUGAACCUCCUCCCUUCCCCUUCUACAACAUGGGAAGAAGCUGGUAUGGACGCUCUCCAGGCUCAUCUUUUGGAUUCAAUGAAAGACCCCACGGCUUCAACUGAUCAUCCCACAUGUGCAUCCCUCAACGGAUCUCCGACG